AGCAGGUCAGCGGUUCGUGCUCUCUCCCUGUCCUGCUCACUUCCUGUGCUUUUGCUUCCAUUUUCUUUCUUUCUUCUUUUGUUUGGACACAAAGAGCUUUUCUGCCAUCAUGUCCGCUGUGAAUGGAUCGUCGGUGCCAGAGUGAGGCGAACAAAGCGCAUCAAGUCUCUCCGGAGAGCUGCUUCUUUUCACAACCCCCGGAUUCUUUUCUCUUUUUUUUUCUUAUUUGGUUUGUAAGUAAAACUUCUCAGGAUAAUCCGUUUGAUAGGUUGGUUUCUCUUGGACAGCGCGCCGAGUUAAAGAUGGAGAGGAUGAGAUGUUCCUCAGCCAGGCGGAUGGGCUUUUAAUUUAGGGAACAUCCGAUCCUGGAGAGAAACAACAACACAAACAUAAUGGCAUGAUUUGGAUAGCAGCAGUUACUGGUUACCUCUGGGAGUUGACGGAAAGCAAGAGAAUAGCCCGGCUCUUCAGCUCGCAAAUCCCAAAAUAAUCCUGUCCACAGACGUGAAAACCGCGCUCUGAUCCCACAAAAAGCGCGUCCUGCACGGCGGCCAUGGAGCACACGGGCAUCGAGGAGGUGAGCCAGACGCACCAGCAGCAGCACGAGCCCAUCAGCUUCGGGAUCGACCAGAUCCUCAACAGCUCGGACCAGUCCAGCGGCUGCAUGCUGCCCAACCGGACCGGCGCGGACCCGGAUUACGCGCUGGCCCCCAACGUCUACGGCAACGGCUACGGCGGCGUCUACAACCCGGCCUGCUCGAUGGCGGCGGCCGCGGCGGGCCUGGCGGGCUCCUACAACGUCAACAUGAACAUGAACGUCAGCAUGAACAUGAACAUGAACGUCAACGUGAACUCGGCCAACCCGGGCGGCGUCAUCCGGGUGCCGGCGCACAGACCCAUGCCGCCGCCGCCGCCGCCGCCGCCCGCAGCCGCCGCCGCGCCGCACCCGCCCCCUCCGACUCAUCCUCCGGGCAUCGGACCCGGGAUCCCCUCGGUGGCCGGGAUGGGGAUGGGGAAUCCCGCCAACUUCACCUUUCCGUGGAUGGAGAGCAGCAGGAGGUUCGCAAAGGACAGACUUUCAGCCGCCCUCUCGCCCUUCUCUGUGACCCGUCGAAUCGGCCACCCCUACCAGAACCGGACGCCUCCCAAAAGGAAAAAGCCCCGCACCUCCUUCAGCCGGGUGCAGAUCUGCGAGCUGGAGAAGCGCUUCCACCGGCAGAAGUACCUGGCCUCGGCCGAGCGCGCGGCCCUGGCCAAGGCCCUGAAGAUGACGGACGCACAAGUCAAGACCUGGUUUCAGAACAGGCGCACAAAAUGGCGGAGACAGACUGCGGAGGAAAGAGAGGCUGAGAGGCAGCAGGCCAACCGGCUGAUGCUGCAGCUUCAGCAGGAAGCUUUCCAGAAGACGUUGAGCCAGCCGCUGCAGCCGGACCCCCUCUGCCUGCAUAACUCCUCCCUCUACGCCCUGCAGAACUUGCAGCCGUGGGCAGAAGACAAUAAGGUGACCUCCGUCACCUCCGUGGCAUCUGUAGUGUGAGCCAGUGUGUGUGUGUGUGCGUGUGUGGAGGAAAUGCUUUUAUUUAGCUGUGAAUGGACACAAUAGAGGAGUUUCUUCUAAAGUCUAGAAUAAAUGUUGUGUUGGAGAA